AUGAUGUUCCCGGAUACGAAACUUGUUUACCUGGAAGAUUUUCACUGUCUCUGUGUGUGCUGCCCCCUGCAGGUCAGUGUGAUGAGUGACCAUCAGGCAGCGUCCAGCUCUCCAGACUGCCCUCAGUGCCCCCAACACAUCCUGACAGGGGCAGAGGCGGCCGUGUCCUACGCCCAGUUCUGUGAAGCAUUUGGCUUCUCCGUGGGGCCCUCGGGGGCCAGGGCCCUGCUGCUGUUCUAUGAGCUAUGGGGCCCCAGUGGGACCUUGGUGCAGAGGGGCCAGGCCAGCAACUGUCUUGCACAGGGUCAACACCCUGAGCCCCUGCUGUUUGACCACCAGGGUGAGUCAGAGUCAGUCACUCAUACUCUUAAUGUAAACUGUGUAGCAAUGUCGACAUUGUAUGCAUUUACUGCAAGGCUCUUGUGUGUGCCUCCCCAGCUACCUGUCCUCAGUACUAGAAGUGUGUGAGGAAGUGAGCUACAUCAUGCUGUACUGUAACUACACACCAUGCCAGGAGUGUUGUCAGACCAUGGCCUCCUUCUUGCUGCGCUACCCCUGGAUGCGCCUGGACGUGCUCUUCUCCCAGCUCUACCACACAGCCCCCAGCCAGCCCUACAGUCUGGACAACCAGACAGGCCUCCGCAGCCUGGCUGCCCUCUGGCCUCGUCUCACCCUCAGCCCCAUCUCUGGAGCCGCUUGGGGGCAUCUGCUAAGGUGUUUUGUUAGAGAUGUCCCACCGUCGGCCCUACAGUUCCCCCUGCUGCCUGAGAGGGUAGAGGCGGACAGGGUUAAUGCAAUUCAGAUAUCAGAUAUCACAGGCAUAGGCCCUGCCUUUUUGGACCUCCCACUGAGGACAGACACAGAGCAUGUGGAGAGAACCCACACUCCCCAAGCUCUCACCCUGCUCCCUCCCCCACACCUGACCACCUCCAUGUGCAUCUCCACACCCCACCCCAGGGUAGUUACUGCCCCUCUCCCAGCCUAUCUUCGCCCUAUCAAUGUGGUCAGACAUGUCAGGAUGCCUCCACCUUGGAGGGGCCCACCCCAAUCUCCUCGCUCUUCCUCUGGGUUCUUCUCCCCCCUGCUCUCUCUGCAGCCGCCUGGGCGUCUGGUGGAGAUAGUGUGGGAGGUAGAGAGGGAAGUGCGAACAGCAGUCAGUCAGUCCCAACACAGAGACUCCAAAAGAAGAAGAAGAUCCAGACGAAAAUAG